AGAGAGAGAGAGAGAAGGAGAGAAGGAGAGAGGGGUGGGGAGUUUCCAGGAUUGUUUAAGGCUACUUUUAAAACUGCCAUCCGGAGGAAGACUUUCAGUACCUCUGGAAAGCAAGAUGGCCCAGACUCUGCCUCUGCUGCUGUUGGCUGUGCUGAACUCUCUGAGCUGCCACAGUGAAGUGAGAGCCAGGGACCCUGACGUGGAGGAAGAGGAAGCUGUGGGGACUAGAGGAAGAGGACAUCAUAUGCCUGACACCUUUGGGAUGCCACAUGAACAUCACAGCAUCCCAGUGCCUCCAGAUGGCACACCUCAAAACUUAGCACCCCCCUCAAAAGAGACUAUACAUCAAGCUGCAAAAAGAGGAAACUGGUGUGCGUAUAUAAAUCACCGUGUGGUCACCACAGCCGUACUCUGCGCUACAGAGACUCAAACAGUGAAAUCGGUGAACCCCUGUCCCGAUGGAGCUCCUGACUGUCAAAUAAUCACGCAAUCCUCACGGCCUGUGUACAAGCAGAAGCAGGCAGCACUCUCUUCUAUGCACUGGAAGUGUUGCCCAGGCUAUGGAGGAUACAACUGUCUGGAAAAAGACAAACCUCCAGAGGACGAGAAACAUUCUUCAAAGUCUGAGGUUAAAGACAAUGGCAACUCAGAAGGUAAAAUGGAAACAGACCUAUUGGAAGAUGGAAGCUGGGCUGACAAACCUCUACAGGAGGCUCCCAUUCAUGGUUCUUCACCAAACCAGAGCCCUGAUGGUGCCAAAGAAGGGAUCCAUACCUCUCAGCCUCUGCCAUUCCUUGAUUCAUCAAUUCUGCUGUCAAUGCACCGGUUAAUGUCAACUAUGAUGAGUCAGCUUCAACCAGUGCUAGAAAGCUUCAAUCAAACACUGGAGCAUCUGUCCAGUGAGGUAGACACACUGUCUCAGGACUUGCAGCAGUUGCGGAUGGAACAGGAAGACAACAGAUCCAUCAGCAGGGGUGAAGGUCAUAGUGGAUCUAUUGAGCAGAAACUAGAGUACAGCCAUCUCCAGAUCGACCAAAUGAAAACCCAACUGGACGCACAGAAAGACCAGAUGGAGAGGGCCUUUCAGACCCAACAAGAACUGCUGAAACACAACCUAACGAAACUGAAGGAAGAGAUGGAUGAUCGGAUCAGUCAGAGUCAGGAUGCACAGGUAAAUCUCCAGUCACUAACUGAAUUGGUUGAGGAGGUGAGACUUGGCCAGAAUGGGCUGGAAGAGGCACUGCAGAGACAGCGUACUGAGUUUGUCAGUCUGAGUGGAGGUCAGCCAACACAAGUGUCAGGAGUGUGGGAGGCCAUCACUCGGCUAGAUGAGAAGGCACAAAGUAACUCUGUGCAGCUCAGCAGGUUGUCUGAGACUUCAAAGGAUUCUGCUAGAAUGAUCAAGGAUCUGCAAAGAGACCUAUUGAUCCUGGGACAAAGCCUAGAAGAGGUCAAACAACGCAAUGAGGUCCACUUUGCAGAGACAGGUCUGGAGGUGGAGGCUAAUCGUGUCAGGGUCCUCAACAGCAUUGGUGAGCUUACAUCUAACCUAAGUGCACAUGAGGGUCAGUUGAGAGAAAUUGAGCUUGACCUGGACAACAUCUAUCGUCAACUACAAAGAAAUGAUUCGGUAAUUUCAGAGCAGGUCUGUAGCUGCAAGUCGAUUGGCAGUUCACUAGCUAGGUUGGAGCUGGAGGUGGCUAACGUGACACAUUUAACAAGACAGAACCAACUUGCACUUGAGGAGGCAGAUCUAGAUAUGAUUCGGGUCACUGAAAUGGAGGAUCUUCAUCAGGGCCUGUUGAAUAUGAAGGAAUCAUUGGCCUUUGAGCAGAGCAGAAGCAGGAGUCUUCAUGACAGUAUUUCCCAUCUACAGGCUUCACUCCUGGACAGCCAGCAGGAGAUACAAGGCUUGAAAGAGCAGGACGAGAACAAGUCGGCUGACAUUCGAGGCCUAUCAGCCACCUUCUCUUCCCUCCUAAAUGAUGCUGCGCACUCUGAUGUCCUGGAAGUGCUACUUGGAGAAGAGGUCUUGGAAUUCACACGCUGGUCACAUAGCCAAAAGAAAGAGUUCAGUAUCCCAGAUCUUUUACAGAGAAUGCAUGUGAUGCAGCAAAAGAUUGAGACACAUGAUAUGAGUCUGAAUUCUCUUCGGAGAAAGCAUCCUGACGGAGAUGAGAUGAAUAGUGAUGACCCAGUGACAUACUCGGAGGGGACCGCCACAAAGAACCUUGUGAAGGGCACCGAAAGUUACCAGUCCUCAUUAGAACCUUUGACUGGAGAGGAGGAUGUGGAUUACUCGGUCAGUGACUUCUGGAGUCUGGGAAAAGAGGUGGAGCAAUUAGCAGGUAGAAUAACCAUGUUGGAAGAGCACUGUGGCAACUGCACUGAGCCCCCUGGUGGUUCUGUUGUAGAACUGCAAGCAGAUAUAGCAUCCCUACGUCAAAGCCUGGAGGAUCAUUUGAGAAUGUUUCAAAAACUUUUCAGUAAUACAGAAGAACUAGUCAGCACGACUAGAAGCCUGAACCUACUUGAAGUUUGGAGGCUGGUGAGAAAGAAAGAAGAAAAGAGAAGGAGGGGGCACCAAAACCAAGAACAGAUGAAAAGAGAAGAAAAGACUUCCAGUAUGCGAAGCAAAAGACACAGUGAAACAGAACAUGCUCAGUUACUACAUCCCCCCGUGGUGUUCAUCACAAGCUUGGACUACAGAAUAGGACCAAAUGGGGAGCUUGCAUCAAAAAAUGUGGCUGUGAACUACGGUGGUACUUUUAAUCCUACAUCAGGGGUGUUCCAGGCCCCUGAGACGGGACUCUAUCUCUUUUUAGUGACCUUAGACUUUGAGAGAGGCCUUUCAUUGGCUGUACUGAAGCGCGGUGGAGUUCCAGUGGCCUCCAUCAGACAGGAACCAGGGGAAAAGAGGGGACCAGUGAGCCGAGCCUCUCUGCUGGAGCUUCGGCGAGGGGAGACAGUUACAUUAGAAUUGAUGCAUGGAUCAUUACGAAAAGCGCAGCCUGGGGAUAACACACUGUCUGGACUGUUGCUCUUCAUUACAGAGCACAAGGACUUGCUGUGAAAAGAUUUGGGUGAGCGACAAAGGCAUGGGAGGAUACAUUCAAGUCUGUCGCACUGUGCGUCACUGCCAGACAUACUGUAAUUUGUAUGCAUGCAUCCUCUUCUUGAAGGUGCCAAAAUACUUGUUGAAAUAUUAUGUUUUGUAACUGGCUCUGGAAUAUUACUGAGAAAACAGGGUAAGUUAAAGAAAUAAGGGGAAAACAGUUAUAUACCAGAAAAAUACAGAUACCACAAGUCCUUCUGUUGGUCUUUAAAAUGUAGAGGAUCUAAUAAUAAGGCAAGCAUCACAGUAUGGAAAUCAGUUACUAUGAGGUGAUAUGAAUAAACAAAAGGUACCAACAGUCCAAAAAUGGUUGCAUUCAAAUGAUCACAUUCAAUGCAAAUGUCAAUCAAGAAGAAGGAAAAAAAAAACAUGACUGUGUACUAAAAUAAGGUAAUUUACUUAAAAAUUGAUACAUUGGACUAAUUCUGUGUACAGAACAGCUUUUCUUGGUAAACAUAAGGCAUCUCUCUUUAAACCAGAUGCUGUGCACAAUACAAUAAAAAAAAAAAAUCAUA